UACGGUACAUGUACUGAGCUAGCUAGCUUGCUGUAUGCAUUUAAGCGAGAGUAAACCGGUGGAGAGAGAGCUUGGGACCUGAAGAGGUUGUGCAUUGGAAUGAAGACAUUGCUUUGAGAAUGGGAUCAACAGACAAGGAUGCUUGACCUCUGACCUACUCACCAAAAUCACAAACAUACAUGUAGAUCAGGACUGGGGAGAAGUAUGCUUUGAGAAACUGGAAAAGUGCUAUUUGUAACCAUUUCUCAGAAGCUGGUUAAUAAAUUCACAGGCCAUCUGAUAAUGAGAUUCCUCUGUUAAAAUAUAACUUUACCUACAACUUCCCUAUGUAUUAUUAUCUAGAUGAGUGACAGUACUAAAUUUAUUAUUCCAACAUUAAAGUGAGAUUCAACUGAUAUUUAUGAAUAUUGAAAGAAAUUAAUCUCGCCAAGAUGACCAAUAUCUACGUGUAUGUUCUCCUUCAUGUGGUAUGUGUGAUGUUGUGGAACUUUUUGUCCAUGUCGGAUGCAAGAAAUUACUACUAUCAACCUUUCUCUCGGAGUAGAACACAAUAUACAAGACAAGAGAAUGAUUACUACACAAUGGACAUCCUCAUGCCUGGAGUGAAACCAUCAAGACCUGAAGAGUAUCUCUGCUAUGCUUUAGCUGCUCCACCAAGAGAUUCUUAUAUUGUAAGUUUUGAGCCGAGAGCAUCGAUGAAAACCAUACAUCACAUGCUUGUAUAUGGAUGUACAAAUAUACCUAACAAUGAAGGGGAAGUUGAUAAAUGUCAGGGGAGUCCUUGUUUAGGGAAGAGUAACAUCAUGUUUGGAUGGGCUAGAGAUGCUGCAUCUCCCAAUAUACCUCAAGGUGUUGGUUUCUAUGUGGGCGGGGAGAGUGGUAUCAACUAUAUCAUGAUUCAAAUGCACUAUGGAGACAAACUGGAUCACCUAACAGGAACGUCUGGUGAUCACUCAGGCAUCUCUCUUACAAUGACUCAUACUCCACAGCCAUUCAUUGGUGGAAUUUACUUGCUUUGGUCUGGUGAUAUUAAUAUUCCUCCUCAUUCUAAAAAUACUCAUGUUGAUAUUGCUUGUAAGUAUGACAGUUCUGCCAACAUCCAUCCAUUUGCCUUCAGAGCUCAUGCUCAUGAUCGUGGUAAAGUCAUCACUGGUUAUCUCAUACGUAAUGGUGAAUGGACAGUCAUUGCCAAAGGAAACCCUAAGUGGCCACAGGCCUUUUAUCCCAUUGAAGAAUCCUAUACUAUUCAGCCUGGUGAUAUCCUUGCUGCUAGAUGUACCUAUGACUCGGACAAAGACGUCGCUACGUAUGCAGGAGCCACACACAAUGAUGAAAUGUGCAAUCUGUAUCUAAUGUAUUACACUGAUGCAACCCGUGGUGAAGCAUUCCAAGCUUGUGGAAGACCUGCUCCAAGCAGCUUCUUCUCAUCCGUUCCUCCUGGUUCCAAUCUCAUCCCUGUCAUGAAACCUGACUCUCAAUCUGAACCUCAUUCUCGUUACCGACCUGCUCCUGUUGAUCCAUGGGAUCGUUAUUAUGAUUAUGAUAAUCAACAAGAUUAUGAUGAAGGUCAACAGAGUUACCUACAAGAUGGAAGCAAUGUUGAUUAUGUUUCCCCUUCUUUAGAAGAUGAGGAUGGUGGUGAUGAGGAAAUACCAUCAGUAACCUCUAAGCCUGUUGACAUCAUUCCACCAGAUUCAGAAUCAGACUCUACUCCGGUUGCUCCCAGUAAUACAGUUACUCAACCAAUCAUAUCAAGCAAAAUACAAUCAUUUACUGUAUCUGAUAUUGAUGGAUGGCCAUCUAGUGAUAAUGAAGUGACCUUAGGUCAAGUGUCAGGGGUCGCUGUUGAUUCAUCAGGGAACGUUCACAUCUUUCAUCGUGCAUCAAGACCAUGGGAUAUUCAUUCAUUUCAAGGAGAUGUCUUCACUCAGUCUAAUCAAGGACCAAUAAAAAAUAAUACAAUCAUCAAAUAUGAUUCUAGCACAGGCAAAGUACUCAGUCAGUGGGGAGCAAAUCAAUUCUACUUACCUCAUGGUUUAUCUAUUGAUCAUGAAGACAAUAUCUGGUUAACAGAUGUAGCUAUGCAUCAAGUCUUCAAGUAUCCUCCAGGGGGAUCUGAAACACCCCUACUCACUCUAGGUACCAAGCUUGAACCAGGUGAUGAUAGGCAACAUUUCUGCAAGCCAUCAGACGUCACAGUUGACCCUAAGACUGGAAAUUUCUUUGUUUCUGAUGGCUAUUGCAAUGCCAGGGUUAUGAAGUUCUCUCCUGAUGGAAAGCUGUUAUUACAGUGGGGACACCAACUUAGGGGUAUGCCUGCCAGUUUACCAGUUGGACAAUUCAAUCUUCCUCAUUGUAUUACCAUGGUAACGGAUAAGAAUCAGGUUUGUGUGGCAGACAGAGAAGCGGGACGUAUUCAGUGUUUCAAUACUGAUUCAGGUGAUUUCACCAAGCAAUUCCAUCUCCCUGAGUUUGGUGGCCGUCUGUAUGCUGUAACCUAUACAAGCGCAAGUGGUGGAUUACUAUAUGCAGUGAAUGGUCCCUCUAAUGGUCUGAAACCUGUCAAAGGAUUUGCUCUCAAUUAUACAAGUACUGAGAUAUUACGCAUGUGGGAACCACAUAGUCAGAACUUUGAGAAACCACAUGAUAUUGCCUGCACACCAGAUGGCAAACUUGUUUAUGUGGCUGAAAUUGGUCCAAAUAAGGUCUGGAAAUUCACAACUAAUGCAGAGGUUUUAUCGUUUAGUGUGAAUUCAUCUGAAACUGUGUUGUCAACAAAUGAAACAGAUACUGCCACUGUUACUGAGGCAGGUCAUAUGCUUAAUAACACAGGUAAUAGUACUACAUAUCAACCAAUACCAGGAGAUGGACAGUUGAUGAAUGAAAGUGUUAAUACAAGAGUGAAUGGAUUGAGCAGUGAUGCCAGGCUAGGUACAACCACUAUCAUAGUGGCUGUACUAGCUGUACCCAUCCUACUCAUGCUUCUUGUUGCUGUGGCGAUAAGGUUACAUGCUCAAGGGCACUUCAGGCUCAAGAAAAGACGGAAUUAUAAGGUGUCAGCAGGAGAUAAAUUCAGUCUUGGUAGCUUACUAAAUAAGAGGAAUGGUUUCAGUCAAGUAGCUACUGAAGAUAGUGAUCCUGAUGCAGCACAAUGGAGUGAAGAAUCUGAUAUUGAGGAAUACAGUAUUCUAAACAACACAAAGAGAACACAAAACCUGUAAACCCUCUCAUCAACAUUUUAUUCCAUUUACAUCAUUGCCAGUAUCUAUCACAAGGUUUGAUUACAUUUCUUAACCAAGAUAAUCAUCCUCAAAACCAUUUUUUUUUGGCAGAAUGUUUUUUACAGAUUAUCUUUUAAUAAAAAACAUUAUUUUCAUAAAUGAAUUAAGGUCAAAUGAGAAUUCCCUGAAAGAAUAUGGGUUAAAUGUAACCAAUUGCUGAAAUAUUAAAACAUAUUUUCAAAUUGAUAUAACAAAAUGUUGAGUUAGUUUAAGAAUGUGCAUUUAAACAAUAUUUCUUUAAGCUUAACUUAUUAGCUUUUAGCUUAACUCAGCUUAUUGAAAAAUGAUAAAGAAUAAAUUUAUCACUAUGUCACAUAUAGCAUUUAUAGGGUUACACUUCGUAAUUCCGAAGGUUCUUUAUCCCGAAGGUUCAUAAUUCCGAAACAAGUAAAUUGCCUCGAUGUUUGUUAAUCCGUUAACGAAAAAGGGUCCGUUAAUCCGAACAUUUGUGGCAUAAUUCCAAAGGAUCGAAAAUCCAAAAAGGAAAUGAGAGUCGUAAUUCCGAAGGUUCCUUAGUCCGAAAACGAAAUGAGGUUCGUUAAUCCAAAAAC